CAAAGAAGCAACCCAGCGCUCACAGAUAGCAUGGACGCACCAUGCUGCGUGCAGCAACCCUGCUGCUGUGGCCAUGCAGUAGCCACUACGUUGAGCUGCCGGGUUUGCGCUGCAUUGAGCUGCCCCAACACCCUCUUGGCACAAAGGGCGAACAGUGGAGCGAUGAUUUGGAAAUCAGCGCCAGAAAUGCGUGCGAUGAGACGGAGUUGUGCACAGGCUUCAUGCGUUAUACCGGCAAUCAUGCGGAGCAUUGCUUCGACUGGUGUGGCCGCCCACAAUUUUGCCUGGCGGACCAGGACAAGCAUCCGCUAGAGCCAAACCCAGCCUGGACAAGCUAUGUGAAGUCUGAGUACUUCGAAGCUCUUGGCAUUUCUCAUUCAGAAGUUCGUCGUCACAUUUCCAACAAAGCGCAGCCAAAGAUGCCAUUAGAUGGCGAGCUUGCGCGUGAAGUGAAUUGUGAUGGAACCGGGUUCGGACAAAGAGCUGAUCCCUCUGUGUUUUUGGUGGCGCCCGAGCGCGUUGCCAACGGAACAGAGCCUUUGGAGCCUGGCUGCCACGUCCUUUAUGUUUCUGGACAGAUGUCACCAGAGCUGAACAGCGUGCAUGGUGUGCUCAGUGAAGCAGAGGACGCAUUGUUGCCUGUAUUCUCUGCAAGUGUGCCAGACCAGGAUUUUGCGCCUGGCACUGCUUCACCCAAAUCUCCUCGACGGUUUUACUUUGAUGCGGUUCCGGAAUUUCCCGCCGCAGUUGCUUUCAAAAAGAAGUACGUCCUGUCCGUCUACUUCUUGUCGCCGGAGAGCUAUUGCCCAGGGGCCAACAAUACACAGCUCAGCCCAAAGAUGGUGAAACGAGAUUUUUCAGCGCAGCAUGUAUAUAUUGAAGAUGGGACGCAUGAAACUCGCGAAGCUGCUUUCAAGCACUAUCACUUCACCAUGUUAUGUGGGGAUUUUUCCUCUUCCUCGUUUCCUCCGCUGCCUUUGGUUUACUCUUUGGCAUAUGUGGCUCACGCCAUGGUUCCAGAGUUCAUUCACUGGAAAUCCAGCAGGAUGUUCUUCCACCUUCCUGAUGCUGCACAGGGUGUCCGCUCCACUGCUUUUGCUGGCUUGGAAGCCUACUUGCACAAUCUGAUGACGUCUCCAUCAAAAGAGAAGAUCAUGGAGUUCAAGGAAACAUUUACCCUUUUGUGUCAGGUGCUGUUUCGCUACCGCUAUGCAGAGCCCAUCCGACGCCGUGCGGAGGUCGCCGCUUGUGGGUUGUGCGAUGCUCGUGCCCGGGAGGAGCGACGCUCCGUGGCCAGCGCUGAUGAGGUGGUGAGAGAAACCUGGGGAAGAGGGCUUGCGGGCAAAGCGCCAGCCGUCGUGCAACGCUUCUUCGUUGGCAAGGCCGCCAAUUCGUCACAUGCGCUGCAUGACUCAAGUGUGGGAGACGUUGUGGAGCUGCCAGUUGUGGAGUCCUACCGCACGCUGAACAUCAAGGCUUUGUCCAUGUUGUCCUGGGCUCACCGAAGAUAUCCGAACUUGCAGUGGUUGGUUAGACACGAUGAUGAUGUUUAUCUUCGAGCUCCUGCAUUGUUAGCCCAGCUUGCGAGCAGACCUCCGAUUCGCUAUCUCUGGGGCAUGUUCGACCACGGCUCAAGCCCUGUUCGAGAUCCAGCACAUCAGCAUUACAAUUCCUAUGAGCAAUUUCCAAAGCAAGAUCACCCGGCAUGGGGCGACAUUUUUCCACCCUAUGCCAGAGGUCUGCUUUGGGCAAUGUCUGCAGACUUGGUUGCCGCCACUGUCAAAGAGUUUAUGGCCGAUCGUGAGGAGCAGCCAGAUGUGCCGCUUGACGAGGCAGCUGCAGAUCAUUUGCCUCACCCUGAUGACCCUGCAGUUGGAGUGUUGAUUGCCGGCUUGGUGCAGCGAGGCAUGUCUAUCAAUUUGGAUGACCGAGACUUCAACUCCUUCUCGUUGAACCCAUCUUGCAAUUCGACAUUCUCCAAUAUCCACAAUCGGACGUGGGUGGUCCACCACGUGCAGCCAGAAACAAUGCGAUGCAUGUGGGACUUGGACAAUGCCGAAGAAGCGAAACAGAUCUCCUCCCAGAACUCCGUAAUUGACGCAUCCAGCCGGAUCUUUCCAGACUUGUGCCUUUGUUCGACAGAUGUUGUAGAGGAGCACGAUGGGGAAGAGGAACCCUUUUGGUACGACAAGUCCCGGUUCAACAAUGCAUUUGUUUUCAUAUUCAUUCAUUUCACAAGCGUUGUGAUGUUUACUUAUUGCGAGGCAAGCUUUUGGGAGGAGGUGCAGCGUCGCCGCCAAGAGGAGCGGCAAAGGUUCAAAGUCCUUCAGGCGAGUCAUUUUGAUUCUUUGGUCUUUGAGCUGCAUCAGCGACUUGGGCUUGAGGCGAUGCAAGAGCCUCCCAUUCCACGGGAUUCUUGGCAGACGCAAGUAGAGGGCAGAAGCAGUGAAGAUGAAGAUGCUGGUGUGCCUCAGUACUGCGAGGACAUCGUUCUUUUCUCGCUGGCGAUGAGGAGCCACUGCGCGCCCUUCUUCACGUUCCAAGGACCGGGUCGACGGACUGGAACCAAUGCCCUGCAGGCCAGCCCACAGCAGCUGCAUCUUUUCACGCACCGCGCCAAGCGCCCAGCAUCAAUGGCCAAGGGCCAGGAGCAGGCGAGCGUGACGAAUCUCUUGGUGGCGCUCCACUGCCUUCUCCAAUUCGCCAAUGUAGCGGCGAAGAGCUGUUUUGUCGUAGAGGAAGAAGAGCGUGAGGAGGAAGAGCUAGACGAUGAGGACGAAUUGCUCGAGAGUUGGGACAAAGACGCUCCAUGGCAUCCACGGUCCACGCCAGUAGGCAAGCCCAGUUGCGCGUGGACAGUGACCAUCGCCGAAGCCAAAGCUUCCUUGGUCACAGCAACAUCUUGUGGUGUAGGGCGUGGUGCAGGGUCCUCUCUGAUCCUGGUUUGGUACGGGCGCUAG